AUGCCCUCUUCUCCAGAGCCGAGUCCAGUUAAUGGACAUAUAUCUCCCCCGACUCUCAUGUCAACCGAAUUCGAUGCCGGCGACGCAGUAUCAGAUAGCGAUUUGUCCGAUGUCCGAGACGUUGUCGUUGCCGACCCCGUCGCACGCGCCUCAUCAUCAUCUGGUGAUGAGAUGCCCACUUACACGGAGGCCGUCCCGGAUAUUUCAGACUCAGAGAACCAAAGCGAAAGCGAUUCGCCCGAGGAUAACGCCUCAGAUGAUGGCGACUACGAUAUGGAUGAUAGCCCCCCGUCUCCUCAAAGCGAUGGCGCCGACGACACUCGAUCGAGCUCUCAAGCAUCUCGUCGUGCCUCCAAGCGCAAAGCUGCCGUUGAGGAGGACUAUAUACAACAAAACCCCGAAUUGUACGGCCUAAGACGUAGUGGUCGUGCCACCCAAGCUCGCCGAUUCGUUGACUCUGAUUCGAGUUCCGAAUCUGAUGCUGUCCCCGUUACCAAACGACCCCAGAAGAAGCGACGCGUCGAGACAUCUCAGCCGACCUCCAAACGCGCCACUCCUGCUCGUCACGUAUCGGAUUCGGACUCCGACUCUGACAACUAUGGAGGCGCUCGCGCCAAGACCUUCCGACGCAAGGCCCGCCGCCAACGCGAGGAGCAGCCCGACCAAGCGCUCGCUGAGAAGCGAUGGUCUAGCCGCCGAGCCGCUCAGGUACAACAAGGCAUGUACCAAGAGAGUAGUGAGGAGGAGGAGGACGAACUGUCGCUCGACAAUGAUUACUCCGAGGAGUACGUUGACACUCGUCCUUAUAUCGAGAAAGUUGUUCGCCAUCGUCCCAGGAAUGGCAUCGACAUCGGCAUCGGCGCGCGUCGAACCGAUUUCGAAUACUACAUCAAGUGGCAAGGACAGUCGCAUCUCCACGACACAUGGGAAGAAGCCGAGGACCUCAAGGACUAUCGCGGCUACCGUAGGGUUGAGAACUAUUUUCGCAAGGUCGUUGAAUACGAACUAGACGUCAAGUUUAGCGAUGAUAUCGCUCCCGAGAGCAAGGAGCAGUACUUUCUCGACCGGGAGAGGGACGAGGAAGCCCUGGAAGAUUACACAAAAGUUGAGAGGAUUGUCGCCGUCAGAAAUGGCGAACACGGAACCGAGUACUACGUCAAGUGGAAAGGCCUCACCUACGACGAGUGCACGUGGGAAGAGGAGGGCGAUGUCAGCCCUGACUUCCAAGACAAGAUUGACCAAUUCCUUGAUCGAUCCGUUCGCUCCUGGGGUUCCGAUCGAAAGGAAGCCAGCCUCAAUACUCGCACAAGGAUGACGAAGCUCGAGGAACAACCUUCUUAUAUUAAAGGAGGGGAGCUACGGCAGUUCCAACUUAUGGGUUUGAACUUCCUGUGUUUGAACUGGACCCGAGGUAAUAAUGUCAUCUUGGCCGACGAGAUGGGCCUGGGUAAAACUGUUCAGUCCGUUUCUUUCCUGAGUUGGCUGCGGAACGACCGUCUCCAGGAAGGCCCAUUUCUAGUGGUAGCGCCUCUGAGCGUCAUACCAGCCUGGUGUGACACCUUUAACCAUUGGGCGCCCGACUUGAACUAUGUCGUCUACCUUGGCCCUGACUCUUCCCGCCGCAUCAUCCGCGACAAUGAACUCCUUGUUGACGGGAACCCAAAGAAGCCCAAAUUCAAUGUGCUCGUCACGUCCUAUGACUACAUCCUUGCCGACUGGCAGUUCCUUCAGACGAUCAAGUGGCAAGUCCUUGCCGUGGAUGAAGCCCAUCGGUUAAAGAACCGAGAGUCCCAGCUCUAUGCUAAGUUGUUCAGCUUCGGCGUACCGUGCAAGAUCCUCAUCACUGGUACCCCUAUCCAGAACAACCUGGGCGAGCUGGCAGCCUUACUUGAUUUCUUGAACCCAGGAAAAGUUACCAUCGAGGGUGAUCUGGAGUCUCUAUCUGCAGCCGAUGCCCAGGUUCAGCUUGAGAAUCUUCACAAGGCUAUAUCGCCCUACAUCCUUCGGCGAACUAAGGAGACUGUCGAGUCCGACCUGCCUCCAAAAACGGAGAAGAUUAUCAGAGUAGAGCUCUCUGACGUUCAACUCGAGUACUACAAGAACGUGUUGACGCGAAACUACUCGGCUCUUCGGGACGCUAACGGCCAGAAGGCCUCGCUCCUCAACAUCAUGAUGGAGUUGAAAAAAAUCAGCAAUCACCCGUACAUGUUCCCCGGAGUUGAGGAUAGAGUACUCGCCGGUAGCAAGCGCCGAGAGGACCAAAUCAAGGGCCUAAUCACCAGCAGCGGCAAGAUGAUGUUGCUUGAUCAACUCCUAACCAAGCUCAAGAAGGACAACCAUCGAGUGCUGAUUUUCAGCCAGAUGGUUCGAAUGCUUGAUAUUUUGAGCGACUACCUUUCCUUUCGAGGCUACAAAUUCCAGAGACUAGACGGCACUAUCGCCGCGGGUCCUCGGCGGAUGGCCAUCAACCACUUCAACGCCGAGGAUAGCGAGGAUUUCUGCUUCCUCCUCUCUACCAGAGCAGGUGGUCUUGGCAUCAAUCUCAUGACCGCCGAUACUGUUAUCAUCUUCGACUCGGAUUGGAAUCCCCAGGCGGAUUUGCAGGCCAUGGCUCGAGCCCAUCGGAUCGGCCAGAAAAAGCCUGUCAAUAUCUAUCGGCUUGUCUCUAAGGAAACCGUCGAAGAAGAGGUGCUAGAACGCGCUCGCAACAAGCUUCUCUUGGAGUACCUUACUAUUCAGGCUGGUGUGACCGACGAAGGCAAAGCGUUCCGAGAGGAAUUCAACAAGAAAGGUCUCAAGGUCGAUGGGCCUAGCUCGGCAGAGGAUAUCCAAUGGGUCCUCAAAAUGCGUUCGCAAAAGAUGUUUGAGCAGACCGGUAACCAAGAACGUCUUGAGCAGCUCGACAUUGACUCUAUCCUGGAGAACGCCGAGGUUACAAAGACUAAGGUUGAUGAUAAGAUUAAUCUCAGCAGUGGCGGAAUUGACUGGGAUAACUUCAUGCAAUACACCGAUGUCAAGGUCGAUGAUAUUGCCCUUGACUGGGACGAAAUCAUCCCCGCCGAACGCCUCGAAGAGAUCAAGGCCGAGGAGGACAAGAGGAAGCACGACGAAUACCUCAGCCAACUUGCAGAAGAAAAUGCGCCUCGACGCGCCGCAAUGAAGAAUCGCAAUACUGAGUCCGACAGAGCAGAUCGCCUCGCAAAGAAGCGGGAGCGCCAAAUGAAGAAGGAGCAAGAUAUCGCUAAACAGCGUGCCCUUUUGAGGGAUCCCAAGCGGCCCCUUACCGAGAAGGAACAACGCAAUCUCAUUCGUGCAUUCCAGCGGUUCGGCUGUAUGGACGAGCGUGGCGACGAGAUUGUCGAGGAUGCGAAAUUGGCUGAUCGUGACCGCGAGUACCUCAAAGAUUUCAUUUCCGAUUUCCUCAAGGCCUGUGAAAAGGCCGUAGAGGAUAACAACAAUAAGCUUGCCGAAGCCGAAAAGGAGGCGACUAAGGCUCUGACCAAGAAGGAUAAGAAGGCAGUGUUGUUUGACUUCGCUGACCUGAAGAAGGUCAACGCCGAGACCCCCUUGGAAAGGCCACCUCAACUGCGCCUACUUCGCAAAACCAUCAAGUCCCAUGGCGAUUGGAGAACAUUCCGCUUGCUGGAGGCUUCCAAGGCAGCACAUUAUAGUUGCGCGUGGAGCGCACGGGAGGAUGCUAUGCUUCUCGUCGGUGUCGACAAGCAUGGUUUCGGCGCCUGGCAGCAAAUCCGCGACGAUCCUGUGCUCGAGAUGGGCGACAAACUCUUCCUCGAGGAACAUCGCAUCGAAAAGAAGACGGAAAGGGACAAGGCAGGUGACAAAAAAAUGAAGGCGCCUGGAUCCGUUCACCUCGGCCGCCGCACCGAGUACCUUUUGUCCGUGCUCCAGGCUAAGUACACCAAUGAUCCAGUGGCGCAGAGAGCUGUAGAGGGCCACCACCGAACCAAGAAGCAAUCCCUCACAAACGGCCACCGCGCGUCUCCCGCCCCAGGUAUGGCCCGCAAAGGAAGUCUCCAACGUGAUCGCGACAGAGACUUGGACCGCCGCCGCUCUCACAGCAUUACGGACGAUCGUGACGUGCCUCGGUCUGAGCUGAAGCGUAAACACAGUCACAAGAAGGAUCACGAUCGUGACCGGCCAUCCAAAUCCCGCCGUGCUGAAGACCCAAGGCGCCCCAGGGCCUAUGAAGAUGAUGACUCCCCUCGACCGGAGAAGCGUAGGCGACGAGACGAUAGGGAUGACCGCACACCGCUCAAGCAUAGAAGGACCCAAGAAUCGCCUCGCCGGUACUCGGAUGAUCCUCGAAGGCGAGAUGAUCGUGAUCGUAAAGAACAUGAUAGACCUAGCGACGAACGCAGGCGCGAGGGACAUCGCCACACGGGUGAUGACCACCGAUCGAAGGCCUUGAAACGAUUGGCCCAUCUCCGCCGUUUGGGCGACUCGCCGGAAGAGAGAAACAACGAUGAAGAUGCAAUGCUCUGGUUCCUACUGAAGCCCGUCAGGAACAACUUCGAACGGAUUCUUUCCACUACUAAGGAAACCGUCAAAUCGAAUAAGGAGCGCGCUGCCAUCUUCGGCCGAGAACUCGUGGUCAUUGGAGACUUCCUGAGUGAGAAGUCCAGAGCCGACAAGCUUCCUCAAGCUCUUGUCGAUCGAUUUUGGGACUUUUUAGGAAGCCUCUGGCCCAUUGAAAGCAGCAAAGGAUCGACAAUCGAUGGCACUAAACUCAGCUCCAUGUACAAGAAGCUUCUAUCACAGAAGACGAAGGGCCCGCAAGAAGGUUCUGGUCAAUUUGCUGGUCGCAGCAACGGUACACCGUCGAAGGCCAGGAACUGA